AUGAUGCCCGUCAGGGAGAGGAUGGAGAGGCUAGCAAGGGAUGACGACUGGGUUGGCGGCAAGGAGUGGGUGGCAGUCACCGAGAGCAAGAAGGAGAGCAGUCCGCGGGAGGCUGCCAGAAGAGAUGUGAAGAGUGCAGAGGAAAGGGAGUUGAUCCCCAUCAUAGAGACUCUGAGAGUGAAGCCUGAAAUCCCCGACGGGAUCUGUCCUCCAGAGUACUACACUAGCAACCCUGCCAGAGCGAAGAAGCAGUCGAGUAUCGUCGUGGAGAUUCUUCCGUUCUUGUUCAUCGGAGACCUUUCGAUCGCAAGGGAUGUCAACGUUCUAACUGGGUUGGGCAUUGACUGUAUUCUGAAUUGCUGCAGUGAGAACUUUGAGCUCGGAUCACAUGGACUGCGAAGGUGCAGGCAGUGUCCGUUGGACGACCCCGAUACUAGUCUAUCGCUCCAGAGAGAAAAGGCCAUGGACAGCAUAUCCCAUGCUAGAAAGAGUGGGGAGAAGGUGCUGCUUGUCUGCAAGGAGACAACAGGAAGCCUACACGUUGCGAUCUGCAUCAUGUACCUCUUGUGGGAGUGCAGACUCUCUCUCCAUCAAGCCAUCGCCCUCGUGCAGUUCACCGUCGACAGCAUUCGAAUCCCACGGAGACUUUGUAGCUACCUGAUCCACUAUGAAGCGGUCUUACAUGGACGAAACUCCAUGAUGUUGCAAGACGGAUACAUCGUCGAGAAGUUUGAAACGGGUGCCGUGGAGUUUGAAGUACUUUGAUAAACGUCCAUCUCUCUCGG